AUGGUGCGGUGGCUCUACCUGUCCGGGCUGGUGUUUGCUGUGCUCAUCCCGGCCGGAUGGCAGGUGUCUCCCGAGGACUUGGAGGACCUGUCCAGGUGGAAGUUGUUUGGACCCCAGAACUCCCAGAGCUUCCCGUCCCACAUCAAGCGACACUCAGAGGGGACCUUCACGAGUGACUUCACGCGGUACCUGGACAGGAUGAAGGCCAAGGACUUCGUGCAUUGGCUCAUCAACACAAAGAGGUGCCUGGAACAGGGAGGGAUUGUGCUGGGAAACAACCACCCACCACCCCAGUCCUGA